GAUUGUGCACAUGAGCCUCAGUUUUUGGUUAUAGUGAGUAGAAAACUUAAUAAUGGGCCUUACCAAGCAAUACCUACGUUAUGCACCGAGCGGUACUUUUAAUGUAAUCGCUAGCGGUGAUUGUAAUUGCAUUCAUGUGGCGUUAAACGGUGUGAGUGGAAGAUAUGUUGCGGUAGGCGCAUGUGAGCAUGUUACUAUUUGGGAUAUGCGGCUUGGAGAGAAGGCACAAGUUCUUCCUGGUGAGAAUGUCGUAGUAUCUCAAAUCGCAGCAAGUCCUACGGGAAAUCAUAUGGCUGUGGGGUAUGUGGACGGGAACAUUAAUGUGUUUGAACUAACUAAUAAUGAGAUUGUCUGUGUGUUUGCUGGACACAAAUCUGCUGUGACUUGCUUGCAGUAUGAUGAGCAGGGACAUAGACUGGUUUCUGGAUCCAAGGACACAGAAGUGAUUCUCUGGGACGUAGUGUCAGAGACUGGUAUCGCCAGAUUCAGUGGCCACAAGGGUGUCGUUACCAGUGUUUUAUUUAUCAAUGGCAAAAACUGUGUAGUCAGCUCAUCAAAAGACACCUUUGUAAAAUUUUGGGACAUUGAAACCAAACAUUGCUUUAAGACUCUUGGUGGACACCAGAUGGAGGUAUGGUCAGCAGUCUUGUUAAAAGAAGAGAGGUACCUAGUGACAGGCAGCAUGGACCAGGAGCUAAGAGUGUGGAAACUCAACUGGAUAAGCGAUGUCAAAGGUGAGGAGAAAUUAGCUAGACAGCUGGAGAUUGUCAAAUUGGAGGAAACUGACAACAUUGAGGAUACCUCAAUACUCCAGUGUCAUCAAGUGGGCACACUGGUCCGCGGAGGUCGCGGGCGAGUAGUCGGUCUUACAACUGACCUAGGCCAGUCAGUGCUGGCGUGUUACGGCACUGAUUCGUUGCUAGAACUGUUUGAGUUCUGCACAGAUGAGGAUGCGAAAACCAGGAUGGAUAAACGAAUUAAGAAACAGAGGAAAAAGUUGGCCAAAUUAAAAGAAAGUGGCGAAGCAAAUCCCGGUACAACAGAAGUGGCGGAAAUGCUAACACUAACAGAUGAAGUGCGAAGGCUGACUUCAAUAAAGCUGGAUGCGAAACUGAAGUCUACUGCUUGCUUGCUUGGCACUACGGGCGAGCUGCGAGUCGGAGUUACUUUGGCUAAUAACACUGUUGAAUUGCAUAGUAUGAAAAUGGGAGGGGGCAAUGAAGUGAAGUGCCUGAAACAAAUAACAAUGCCUGGACACCAUAAAGAACCCCGGUGUGUGGCGAUCAGUUCUGAUAACUUGGCUGUGCUAUCAGCAUCUGCAGAUUCUAUAAAGUUAUGGAAUAGGUCAAAUCAAACCAGUCUCCGCACUAUUCCCGUAACGUGCGGCCGACCAAUCAGCAUAUGCUUCGCACCGGGAGAUAGGCACGCUCUAGUGGGAUGUGCCGACGGAUCGUUGCUGGUGGUCGAUGUGGGAGCAGGCCGAGUGCUCGAGCAGAUUCCGGCUCAUACCGCCGAGUGUAACAGUGUGGGGCUAACCCCCGACUCAAGAGGUUGUUAUUCCGGUGGCGGCGAUAAAACAGUCAAACUGUGGCAGUUUGAACUAAUAGCGGAUCCGACUGGUGAAUCUAAAGCCAAGGUGUUAUCACUGCUGCACACAAGAACGCUUGAUUUAGAAGAAUCAGUACUAGGUGUUAAAAUAAGUCCAAACAAUAAGUUUAUAGCGGUGGCACUUCUGGACUCCACUGUCAAGAUAUUCUUUUUGGAUACUUUCAAGUUUUAUUUAUCCCUCUAUGGUCACAAACUGCCAGUUCUCAGUCUGGAUAUCAGCUACGACUCCACACUCAUAGCAACAGGGUCAUCCGACCGCAAUGUUAAGAUCUGGGGUAUGGACUUUGGUGAUUGUCAUAAGUCCAUAUUCGCUCACAAUGACUCUGUGACCGCGCUACAAUUUGUACCUUCGACGCAUUAUUUCUUCACCGCCGGCAAAGACGGGAAAGUGAAGCAAUGGGAUGGCGAUAGCUAUGAUAACAUUAUUACGUUAAAUGGCCACGCAGGCGAGUGUUACGGCCUAGCCGUCGGCGCGGGCGGACUGCACGCAGUCUCGUGCGGUUCAGACCGCGCGCUGCGCUUGUACACCCGCACGGAGGAACCAAUUGUGCUUGGAGACGAAGAUGAGGAGCAGGAAGGGCUGGCUACGGGAGAAAACCAUGCACCAGUUCCCGGACUACCCGGGCUAAAUAUGCCUACUAAGAAAACCAUCGGAGCGGAGAAAGCUGCGGACUCAAUAAUGGAAUGUCUGUCGGUUGGCGCCGACUACAAACGUGAAGUAGCCGAAGCUCGCGGCCAGCCCGUGCAGGCGCCGUUGCUCAUGGCUGCUUUCAACUGCUCCACUGCUGAAGAUUUCUUUGCUGAAACCGUUGCUAGGGUACGAUCUAGUGACCUGGAAGAAGCUCUUCUGCUACUCCCGUUCAACGCAGCCUGCGAAAUAGUGAGAUUGUUACCCGCCCUUUUGGACCGCGGCGACCGCAUCGAGCUAUUCUGCCGACUCGCAGUGUUCCUUCUGCGAGUGCAUCACGCGUCAUUGGUUGCUAACAAAGCCCUGCUGAAACACAUGAUACAAAUUCAGGCUAAGGCGAAUAUGCGAUUGGCGGAAUUACGGGAUAUGGUAGGCUACAACUUACAUGCCCUGCAAUGGCUUCGCCGUGAGGUGGAGGCGGCAGAAUCAGAACAGUUAUUCCGCGAAGCUACAACAGCGAGAAAGCAACGCGACAAAAGAAGACGCGCUCGGCAGGCUGUUAAACGGCCCAUAGUCACUGUUACUUAAACUUGUUCUUGCAAAUAAAUAAUU